CUUUGUAUUAUAAUGUUGUAAAUAUAAAAAUUUUUAUUCAUUUUUAUUUGUUGCUUCGCUCUAUAACACAUACGCGCGCCGUGCUUUUGCACAAACACAAUUUUGCUUAGCCGUGAUACACGUGGAUAUCUACGAGCAAAGUUCGGAAACAGUAUGUUCCUUGGCCAAGAAGUUUCAAAUGGCGUCGAUGGAUUAUAAUAAUAAGUUAAAAAAUGAUAAAGAUCAACUUCAACAGAAUCAUGAAGAACAUACAGAAGUCUCCAUUCCAUCCAUAUUAACAAGUAUAACAACAACUUUUCAAAGUACUGAUCAAGUGGGUGAGAUCACGGAAGACUAUGAGAAUUUCAUUAGUACAUCAGCUGUACUUCAUUAUUGUAAGCAUAAAAUACUGAGGCCUUACUUGAGGUUGUUAGGAGUGAUGGGAUUGAGACCAACUAGCAGUGAUGACUCUGAUCAUUUUUUACGAUGUUCGAUUUUAGCAAAUUUUCAUACUGUUCAAGUUACUAUAUUUAUAUGUAUUGGAUACAUUUUACAAUAUAUGGCUUGUUUCAGAAGAGACCGAGGAUUCUGUUAUAAAGUAUUAAUCGUGGGACAAAACGAACUGGAAGUCGACGCGGAACAGACGCAGUCACCGUCUUGCUACGGAAACGUGAUAUUCAGCUAUUUAAUUCCGAGUGUAUUACAUUUAGUAGCGUAUUUAUACACGAUAUACCUGUUUCGUGUCAAGGAGAAUGAGCAGCUGCAGAAUCUGAUGGAGAGAGCAUUUCUACUCUCCUCGAAUCCAAUAAAUCGUGGCAAUCAAAAGCGCCUCGUGCAUAUAUUGUGGCUGUUUAUAGCAUUGAGCAUAGUAUGGAUGAUCAUGGCAUUAAUCACAGUGAAUAUUCAAAUGGCCGAAAGAAGCAUAGUAUUUCAAUGGGUGGAAAAUAGUCCAUAUCAGGUGAAGAUAACGUUGAAAAUAUUCCUAAUUGUUUGUACCUUGUGGCACGACAUGGUUCAAGGCACCAUUAUAACAAGCUACUGCCUGCAAGGGCAGUUAUUGAUGUCACACCUUUACUUUCUACGCGGAAAAUUGCUCCAACAUGUUCUACUGCCUAUCGACUGGAUGAGGGACAUCAAUGAAUUCAAGAAACUGUUGAAAUACUUCAAUGAUGAAUUAGGUCCGGCUGUUUGCAUUUACACUAUAGUUAAUUUGUCAUGGGCAACUGCGGGUAUCGUAUGGUUGUUUCAAUAUUAUAUCAACGACAUGAACAACAAUCCUGUUAUAUAUCCUGUUACAUAUGUUAAUGUAAUGAAUGUUGUAUUAUGGAUUUUGAUUUCGAUUGCUCCAUUUAUACAGGCUGCUCGCUUAACGAAUGCUUGCUCCAUGAUCCGAGCUGUAGGGCAUGAAAUACGUAUACGACCGUUUGUGUAUCAAGCUACUCCAGGCGAGGACCUCGAUAGUAUACUCUUGUACACGUCUUCGUUGAAAAUGUGCGCUAGACUGUUCAGAAUUCCUAUCAAGGGUAGAUAUUUAUGUCUUCUGCUAACUAUUAGUAGUAUUUCUGUUCUUUCUCUAGGACAAUGUCAAUUUUUCUCAUAAUCAUAUAUUUUAAAUCAAGAUUGCGUAAAUGCAUCAGGCAUUUCUAGUAUACUAUCGUCUUGUAUAAUUGUUACCAUGUAGAAUGUAUUAUCUGUAGCCACACAUUAAGUUAUUAAAGUUCGAUAAUUUUCUAUGAUAUAGACAAUGUAUAGAUAAUUGUAACGUAUUAGAAAAUGCACAAUAUAUUAAAAAUUCUAAUGAAAAUUUUGUUAAUAAAAAUUCUUACGCGUUAUAUGUACACUUUUUAUCUUAUAUGUAUCUCUAUACAUAGUGACAUUUCGUACGUAAUAUUUUAAUCAUUAAAAAACGAUAAUCGUGUAUGAUAAAUGAAAUAUUGAAAAAGAUAUUUUAUUCGUUCCCUAUUAUCGUUAAAUACGUUACACUCUCCAGUAAUAGCAAUAAAUUGCAACAUCCUGUAAUUGUAACUUGCAAUAUGUAAAUUUACCAAUAUAUUCAAUAAACGUAUAAUUUUUCUUACAGAAA